GUGGAGUUGAAAAUUGAUUUUAAAAACAUCAUGAAAAUUUCCAUUGCCGAAAGUAAAUUUUUCAUAAAACCUGGGCUUAUUGAAACCUCACCCUUAUUUAAACCCCACCGUAUUGUGGAAAAAGAGAUCGACAGUUUCCUGUUUUCAAAAGAGAGGUCUGCAACGGAUAUAACAAGGAAGGAAGGCCUUCCCGCGCUUACCAAAAUGGCCGCAUUAAACGCUGCCAACGGAAAAGCACAGUCUCUCUCUCUCUAACGCAAAAGUACAGUCUCUCUCUCUCUAAACGUUGCCAACGCACAGUCUUAAUUUGGGCUCAUCAGCCCUCUCUCUCUCCAAGAUUCAAGAACCCCCGCCCCCCACUCCAUUGAUCACUGACACGAAACCCUUGUUUUCCAUUUCCUCUUCCCACCUCUGUUAUCUCUUAUUCAACACAAUAAUGCACAACCCAUCUGUGAACUUGAUCCAUUUUCACUGAAUACCUUUCUCAACACUGAAAUGGGAGAAACCCAGUUCACCCAAAAAGAAGAAAUGGGAGGAACCCAUCAAGAGCUGGACAUUGAGAGCAAAGUUUCUUCUUGGGAAGAUCGAUUUCGCUAUGGAGUUGCAGACUCUUGGGAUUCAGAAUCCAUGGGUAUGGUGAGAGUCCGUUACUUCAAGGCAAGGUUUAGAUGGAAGGAGAAAACCUGGGUCAUCUCCCUUUUUGUGGUACUGAGUUUGGUGGCCUUCAUUGCCACCAUGUUCGUCAAUGACUGCCCUACAAAUUCUCAUGGUGACUGCAUCUUGAAGUCUCUACACCGCUUUUCCUUUCAACCACUUGAUGAGAAUCCUCUUCUUGGCCCUUCUUCCUCAACAUUGAGGGAUAUCGGGGCUCUUCAGGGAACCAAGAUGUGGAAACAGCACGAACAAUGGCGCCUAGUUACAUGUAUAUGGUUGCAUGCUGGGGUUUUUCAUCUAGUCGUUAAUCUGUCAAGUAUUAUUUUCAUCGGCAUCCGUUUAGAGAAGGAGUUUGGACCAUUGAGGAUUGCGAUAAUCUACACUCUCUCUGCUUGCUUUGGUAGCUUGGUUUCUGCACUCUUUGUCCAGAACUGCCCAGCAGUUGGGGCUUCAGCUCCCACGUUUGGAUUGCUAGGAGCCAUGCUUUCUGGUCUAAUCCGAAACUGGUCAAUAUAUGCUGAUAAGUUUCCAGCAUUCAUGGCUCUCUCAUUCAUCACUACAAUCAAUUUGUUUCUGGGGUUGCUACCUCAUGUGGACAACUUUGCAAAUAUUGGAGGUUUUCUUUCUGGAAUUCUCCUCGGUUUUAUGCUUUUUACUGAUCCCCAAGUUCGCCAGUUUGAUGGAAAGAUGGCCCCAUAUGAUCAUCAUAUGAAAUCCUCUAUCAAGUUUGAGCACAAAUUGGAUAAGCCAGCAUUGCGGAUAGUUUCUCUAGUCAUAUUCUUGCUUGGUCUUAUAGGUGCCCUUCUAUCAGGCGUUUAUGGAAUUAAUGCAAACCAGUACUGCAGUUGGUGUCGCUAUUUAAACUGUGUGCCAAUAAAAAAGUGGAGCUGCAAUGAGAAGGACUCUGCUUGUGAGGUCAUGGACCUUAAAAGUGUUUUCUUCACAGAGACAUGUUCAAUUGAACCGCUGACUAGGGCUUGGGACUCCGAACAUGAGUUUGCUUAUGUGAGCAAUGGGGAAGUGACUCUGACUUGUGACGUGGAUGGUAAAUUUCGAACAUAUCCAUUUGCGCACAUGUCAAAGGCAAGAAUGAGAGACUUGUGCAAUCAUCUUUGUUCCUAACCUCGUUAACUAUCUGAAAUCCUUUUAAGGCUCUCUGAACCUCUCUCCACUCUUUUGUGAUCACCACCUGCGAAUGUUUAGAGAAGGAUUUUGAAUCAUAGAAACACUACAAUAUUCCUUUUAUAAAAGUAUGUUUAAUUACUGCA